AUGUGGCUCAGGCUCACCGGCGGGCAAGCGCACGCGCUGGGGGAGGAGGCGGCGGCCGUGGUGCGGCAGGCGGUGAGCUUGGCGGGGCGGCGGGGCCAUGCGCAGGUGACGCCGCUACACAUCGCCAGCGCCAUGCUCGUGGCUUCCCCAGCCACGGCAGGCAUCCUCCGCGCCGCCUGCGCCAGGUCCCAGUCCCUCCCGAUGCAGCACAGCGCGCUCGACCUCUGCCUAGGCAUGGCGCUCGGCCGCCUCCCCUUGGCCAAAGAGGCCAGGCCAGCGUCCGCCGUCGCCCACGAUGCUGACCGCGUCGAGCCGGCGCCGUCGAACGCGUUCGUGGCCGCGCUGAAGCGGGCGCAGGCGCAUCGGGGGCGCAGUGGCGGCAAGGUCGAGCUCGAGCAGCUCGUACUCUCCAUCCUCGACGACCCGAGCGUCGACCGUGUCAUGCGCUCGGCUGGCUUGGCUAGCUCCCAGGUCAGAGCCAGCGUCGUGUCGUCGGAGCAGUUGAGUAGGGCAAGUUCCGACGUCACGCCUUCUCCCAGAUCGGUUCCGAUGAAGGCUAGGGCUGGUGGACAAGCAUCUCUUUCUCUUCAGACCGUCCCGGAACUCCACCCGCCGGUCGUCGCCGACGUCGUCCCGGACGGAAGUGAAUGUCAAGCGAGCAAAGCAAAAUCAGGAUCAGGGCAGCCGGCUUUCUUAUGGGGCACGAAGGGUGCUUUCAGCCGGCCGAAGUUCACGGAGCUCACCGCGCAAAAUCUCAGGAUCCUGUGUGACGCGCUUGAGCAGCGAGUUCCGCGGCACGCAAACAUCGUUCCCGGUAUAUCCAGUACGGUGCUCCGGUGCAGAUCCGGCGUGACGAGACGGAGGGCGGGGAACAGGCCAAUGACAUGUUUGUUCUUCCAAGGAAGGGACGGUGGCGGCAAGAUGGCGAUUGCUCUAGAGCUCGCGAGGCUUGUGUUUGGCUCCUACGCCGAAUUCACCGCCCUGCAGGGAAACACCGACAUCCCUGCGCGCACCGGCAAACUCACCAUCAAGAGGAAGCGAUCACCGGACAACGGCGGCGACAUUGGAGCGAGGCUGCUCGAAGCGAUCGAGGAGAACCCUCACCGCGUAAUACUGAUCGACGGUGUCGACCGACUGGAUCGCAAUUCAGAAAUACUCAUCAAGAAUGCGAUAGCGGGCGGAAGAAUGGUGGGGGGAUGCAACGGCGACGUGGUCGGUCCGGAGGAUGCCAUUGUGGUGUUGACCUCUGACCUGUGUGACUCGACGUAUGUGGCUUCCGCUUCCUCCCCACAGGUGAAGCGACGACAGAACAACGAGGACGAAGAUGAUGUCACAGACAUGGAAGUGAGACCACGUCAUCGUCUCUGUUGGGAUCUGAACGUUUGCGUCGUGGAUGGGGAAGAGGAGGAAGACAAUUUGGCUGACGAUGAGGGGUUCCUGAAUGUUGUGGAUGGUGUUUUCCUUUUCAAUUAGUAGAGGAUAAUCUUCUUUCAAAUGGAUGGCAGGUGUUAGUUAGACCAUGUAGCAUAGUUUAGAGUAGAGUUUAUGAAGUCUAAUAUGAUCAUUUUCCCGCAAAAAAGAGAGUCUAAUGUGAGCAUUUUCUCAGACCAAAGCCCUUGGCCUGACCGUUUUAAUAACCCCUC